AGAUUGCUUCACAUUCCUCUAACUAAACAGAUCCCAUGUGCCCUGCUUUGCUUUGUCAAAUUGACACAGCCUGGUGUCAUCUGAGAGAAAACAUUUGGUUGAGGAGCUGCUAAGGUCACUGCCCUGUGGGGAUAUUGGGGAUGUCUGGGGGGGGGGGGGCUUGUUAGUUGACGUAGGAGCACCCAGCCCAUGGCAGGUGGCAAUAUUCCCUGAGUAAGGUUGUCCUGGACUUUAUAAAAAAAAACUAAGUAUGAGGGGAGCAAGCCAACAGGCAACAUUCCUCCAUGGUUUCUGCUUCAGGCUCCUGCUUUGAGUUCCUGCCCUGAUUUCCCUCAGCAAUGGACUGUGACCUAGAAGUAUACGCCAAAUAAAUUAUUUCCUCACAGUACUUGUUCCCAAACACAAGCUGGCAAUUCUGAAAUUCUGAGAAGUACAAAUCCUGGUGUACCCUGAUUCAAAGUCUCUAAAGGACACUUUAUAGAGGAGAGGAAGACCCGGAUCAUAGCAAUUUAGGAAAGCUCUGGAAGACACAAAAUAGUUUGUAAAUGAUUUCCAUCAUCAGAAUAAGCCAGGAGACAAAAUACUGAGACUGGCUAGGUGUGUUCUAUUGGGUUCUGUACUCCAGCAAAACAGUUUCAGAGGGAUGAAAGCAACAGUUUCUUCUUUGAUGGGUAAAGAGUCAAGGCAGAUAAGAAACUAUUCACUGUGUAAGCUCUGCUAGUCAGUCUCCAAGGGCCUUUAAAAAGGUGGUUCUCAACAUGUGGGUCUCGAUCCCUUGGCGGUCAAACACGGGACACAGCAGAUAUCCUGCAUAUUACAGUUACGAAGUAGCAACAAAAUGAUUUUAUAGUGAGGGAGGGGUCACCACAACAAGAGAAACUGUGUUAUAAAAGAGUCAGAGCAUUUUAGGAAGGUUAGAAGCAUUGCUAUAAAAUAAUCAGCAUAGAGGGCCAUACUGCUAACCUGCUCUGCUUGGAGCUCAUGGGCUCCAUCUAGAUGCUUGAAAGGAUUGCAUUCUGGUAUUUAGAAACAGCAACUGCUUUGUUUUUACAUGCUUCCGAGUUUUGUUGGUGAAUGAUUUCAGGUAUGUCUUUGCGAGCACUUGUCUCUGGUGUGGGUUAAGAAAGAUCCCAGCUUCUCGCAUACGUUGCUUCAGCCAGUCAGAGCAACAUUGUGAGGCUGUGUUUCAAAAAAAACAAAAAAACAAAGAAUUUCAUCUUAUUCAUACAGUACGGCAUUUAUCUUUGCAAGCCCUUCAAGAUGUGUUUUGUUAUUUUGUUUAAAAAAACAAACAAACCAGCCUAGGGCUACAGACGAUCAGCUUUGAUAACCGACAGAGAAAGGGAGAUAACCGCUGAUUAUUGUGAGGUGAGUGCUCAGAAUGAUCCCGGGGAGCAGUGCCACGCGUGAACACCGCGUCGAGGGUUUUAGACUUGCCCGGCCAUUGCGUGCCUCACUGCAUCCCGCCAACCUCGCGGUCCAAACGGUCCUCUCUCAGAAACUUCUCUAUUUCAGGCCAAGGGAAGAAGAGGAGGAGGAGGAGGAGGGCGGGGGGAGGACGAGGAGGACGCCAGCAGCCCGCGCCCCCAGGGCCGACUGCAAAGGUCCUCCCUAAAGCGUCCGGAGAAGGCUCGCACGGGAAAGGACGAGCUCCGGGAUCAGAGUCCAGUCUGGCUCCAGAAGCCGCCAACAGACUCCACACCCCUUCCCCGCCCGGAGCCGAGGUGAUGACGAAUUCAAAGUGCGACGGACGCACACGCAGCCCGCGCUUGCACGACAGUACGCGCAGGGCAGCGCGAGGGAGUCCCGGUCCGUCACCGGCGCGACUCGCGUCCCGCCUCCUCCGCUCCCGCCACCCCCGCAGCUCCGCGCCCGCCUCGGUGCAAGGCCUCGGCCGGAGCGAAGCUGCCGGCUCCCGUCUUGUCGCUUUAAGUGGUGGGGCUUGCGGGCCGCCCCUGCCGCUACUGCCUAGGUGGCCCCGCGCGCCGCUUUUGAGGGGCGAGCCAAGAUGGCGGCGGCUUUGGCUCUGUGAGGAAGACGGAAGAGGCGGCGGAGUAGGGAAGGCGGCUUCUAAGAAGAGCCAGGGGUUCUCGGGUGGCCAGAGGCGUUCGGAGUCUCCCGGGAAGUGCUACCUCACCGGCUUCGGAUGCUUUAAGCGGGAGGAGCGGAGCGGGGCUUCCUGCUGCAGCGGCUGGGCCAGGUACAAGGGAGGAAAACAUGGCGGCGGCGGCCUGAGGAGGCGGCGGCGCGGGAAAGCGGCUCUGCGGAGGUCAUGGUGGAGGCCGGAGCGGGUCUGUGAACCGAGCCGCACCUCGUUGGAACGGCGGGCCGGUAGGCUGCGUAGUGCUGCGCGUUCCCUGUCGGGGCUGCUGGGCGGCCGCGCUCGCUCGGCCUGGACAAUAGCGCCGGGGAGAAGGAGACGAGAGAAGGCGGCGGCCCGGGGCUCGGACCCGGGAGCGGGCCAUGCGAGCGGCGGCGCAGCUCCGCGGCGGCCAGCGGUGGCACUGAGGUCCCGGAGUUCCCCGUUUGCGGCCGCCCGCCUUUUCUGGACACUGUCCCUGGGCCACUCGGGCGGGGCCCCCGGCCGGCACGAUGACCGACACCCGACGGCGGGUGAAGGUCUACACGCUCAACGAGGACCGGCAGUGGGACGACCGGGGUACUGGCCAUGUGUCCUCCGGCUACGUGGAGAGGCUGAAGGGCAUGUCCCUGCUCGUCAGGGCGGAGAGCGACGGUUCUCUUCUUCUAGAGUCCAAAAUAAAUCCUAACACUGCAUACCAGAAACAACAGGAUACUCUGAUUGUGUGGUCUGAAGCAGAAAAUUAUGACUUGGCCCUUAGCUUUCAAGAAAAAGCUGGAUGCGAUGAAAUUUGGGAGAAAAUAUGUCAGGUUCAAGGAAAGGACCCUUCAGUGGACAUCACUCAGGACCUGGUAGAUGAAUCUGAAGAGGAGCGAUUUGAUGAUAUGUCCUCACCAGGUUUAGAAUUGCCGUCAUGUGAGUUAAGUCGACUUGAGGAAAUUGCAGAGCUUGUGGCAUCAUCUUUACCUUCCCCCCUCCGACGUGAGAAACUCGCACUAGCACUGGAAAAUGAGGGUUAUAUUAAAAAGCUUUUAGAGCUUUUUCAUGUGUGUGAGGAUUUGGAAAACAUUGAAGGACUGCACCACUUAUAUGAAAUUAUUAAAGGGAUCUUCCUCUUGAAUCGAACUGCUCUUUUUGAAGUUAUGUUCUCUGAGGAAUGUAUAAUGGACGUCAUUGGAUGCUUGGAAUAUGACCCAACUUUAUCACAACCACGUAAACACAGGGAAUUUUUAACAAAAACAGCCAAGUUUAAAGAAGUAAUUCCCAUAUCAGAUCCUGAGCUGAAACAAAAAAUUCAUCAGACAUACAGAGUUCAGUAUAUACAAGAUAUGGUUCUCCCUACCCCUUCAGUCUUCGAAGAAAACAUGUUAUCAACACUUCACUCCUUUAUCUUUUUCAACAAGGUAGAAAUCGUUGGUAUGUUACAGGAAGAUGAAAAAUUUCUGACAGAUUUGUUUGCACAACUAACAGAUGAAGCAACAGAUGAGGAAAAAAGACAAGAAUUGGUUAACUUUUUAAAAGAAUUUUGUGCAUUUUCUCAAACGCUACAACCCCAAAACAGAGAUGCUUUUUUCAAGACUUUGUCAAAUAUGGGCAUAUUACCAGCUUUAGAAGUCAUCCUUGGCAUGGAUGAUACACAGGUGCGAAGUGCUGCUACGGAUAUAUUCUCAUACUUGGUUGAAUAUAAUCCAUCCAUGGUACGAGAGUUUGUCAUGCAGGAGGCACAACAGAAUGAUGAUGUAAGUAAGAAGUUAACAGAGCAAAAAAUAACCAGCAAGGAUAUUUUGCUCAUCAACCUCAUUAUAGAACAUAUGAUUUGUGAUACAGAUCCCGAGCUUGGAGGGGCAGUCCAACUUAUGGGCCUGCUUCGAACUUUAGUUGACCCAGAGAACAUGCUAGCCACUGCCAAUAAAACAGAAAAGACUGAAUUUCUGGGUUUCUUCUACAAGCACUGUAUGCAUGUUCUCACUGCUCCCUUACUAGCAAAUACAACAGAAGACAAGCCUAGUAAAGAUGAUUUUCAAACUGCGCAGUUACUAGCACUUGUAUUGGAAUUGCUAACAUUUUGUGUGGAGCACCAUACCUACCACAUAAAGAACUAUAUUAUCAACAAGGACAUUCUUCGCAGAGUGCUAGUUCUUAUGGCCUCCAAGCAUGCUUUCUUGGCAUUAUGUGCCCUCCGUUUUAAGAGAAAAAUCAUUGGAUUAAAAGAUGAAUUUUAUAACCGCUACAUAAUGAAAAGUUUUUUAUUUGAACCUGUAGUCAAAGCAUUUCUCAACAACGGAUCUCGUUACAAUCUGAUGAACUCCGCCAUAAUAGAAAUGUUUGAAUUUAUUAGAGUGGAAGAUAUAAAAUCAUUAACUGCCCAUGUAAUUGAGAAUUAUUGGAAAGCACUAGAAGAUGUAGAUUAUGUACAGACGUUUAAAGGAUUAAAAUUGAGGUUUGAACAGCAAAGAGAAAGGCAAGACAACCCCAAACUUGAUAGCAUGCGGUCUAUCUUGAGGAAUCAUCGAUAUCGACGAGAUGCCAGAACACUAGAAGACGAAGAAGAGAUGUGGUUCAACACAGAUGAAGAUGACAUGGAAGAUGGAGAAGCUGUGGUGUCUCCAUCUGACAAAACGAAGAAUGACGAUGAUAUUAUGGAUCCAAUAAGUAAAUUUAUGGAAAGGAAGAAAUGUAUGUUGAAACAAAGAGCAAGGGAAAUGAAAGAAAGUGAAGAGAAGGAGGUGCUUCUGAAAACUAAUCUUUCUGGACGACAGAGCCCAAGUUUCAAACUUUCCUUGUCCAGUGGGACAAAGACUAACCUCACCAGCCAGUCAUCCGCAACAAGCCUGCCUGGUUCUCCAGGGUCACCUGGCUCCCCGGGCUCUCCGGGCUCUCCUGGAUCCGUCCCUAAGAGUACAUCUCAGACGGCAGCUAUUACCACAAAGGGAGGACUCGUGGGUCUGGUAGAUUAUCCUGAUGAUGAUGAAGAUGAUGAUGAGGAUGAAGACAAGGAAGACACACUACCAGUGUCAAAGAAAGCAAAAUUUGAGUCCUAAUAAUAGCAACUGCCUGUGAUCAUCAGUACCUGUUGACAAAACUGGUUCUUUACCCCUCCCCCCUACAAAAUCCACAUCAAAGUGCAGUGGUCUCUUGUGAAUGACUGACCCAGAUCAGCACCACACUGGACUUCUGCUCAUCAAGUGCCAAUUCAAUGGAGCAGGAGGAGGGGAUGCCGUGCAGUUAGGGGAAGACAUAAGCCUGUGAGCUCUCCAGCUUGGACCACACAUUGCCCUUUUCUCAGGGAAGGAAAUGGAAAUAAAAAGCCAACAGGGCAGGGGUUUUGUCAGUGGAACUCUGGAUUGACUGGUCAGUUGCUACAAUCAGAACCUGCUUUCUUGGACCAUGUUUGAGACUUAGAAGAAUGGGUCUUUCUGCCAUAGUUCCUCACUAGUAAAGAAUGCCAGCAGUUUCUUUGUAUAAAGAGACCUGCCUUUAAAAUCAUACAUUCUGAACAUUUUAGUCAAGCUACAACAGAUUUGGAAAACCUUUGUGGGGGAGGGGCAGAAUAAAGUAUCUUUUUUUUUUUUUUUUUAAAUCUGUUCCCUUUGCCCUUCAAACUGCAGAUUUUUUUUUUCAAAGUGGGGAUUUGUCCCUGCUUGAUUAAAGAUUGAGUGGAAUUCUAGAUGUGGUCAUUUGUGUCAUAAUUUUUCUUUUUGUUUCAAUUUGUUUCUGUUUUUUUUUUCUCUCCCCCUGGGUGUAUGAUUAGUUGUUGAAUAUAUAUAUUUGGGACCAUUAAAACUUUUUUGAUGUAAUAUAGCCUAACGUGCUGGCACCUGCUUUACAUGUGUAAUUUGUGUUCUACAUCACAGUUCUUAAUUUGUUUAGAGUUUUAUGAAAGAUGGUAUAGUUUUUAUUGACAAAAGCAAAGUAAUCUUACAACUAUGUGCAUACAAAAGCAAUACUAUUUUGUGACUAAAUAUUUUAUAUUAAAAUUUGCAUCAGCAGCUGUCUUGAGAUUUCAGGGAAAUAGAGUGGAAUUUAAAACUUCAACAGUUUUGUUAAACUUAGAAACAUGAAAUUAGUAUUCCAAAGAGAUUCGGAAAUUUCAUAUCUUGGAGAAAUGACGGUACAUUAAAUCAAAAUUGAGGAUGGAUGAUUUAAAAGUAAUACUUGACUUUUGAAUAAUAAAAAGAAAAGUGAAGAGUAAGAGAAAUUGUA